CAAGAUAUGCUGUUGUGCCUGACUCCAUUGAAUAAAUCAGGAAAAUUUGGAAUUCCACACAUAAAAACAAAAGGCAGACAUACACCUGAACAGGAUUAGACUGGUGCAAUGCAAACGCAGCAGGCGGCCGAUCAUUAUGGAUUUCAGCAUAACCUUGGAAAUGAGGUAUAGAUGAAAAUACUCGGAAGUACGCGCGGAUAUUUCCAGUCUAGACGUUUAAAUAUACAUCGUUGUAGAAUAUCCUUGCAGUCAGGAUAUUCGAGUCAAUAAAUAGGCAUAGUGCAGUUCGGAGGCGAUCAGUCGCUUUGAAAUUUCCGAAGCAGCACAACUUUGAGAACACAGCUCCUUUGACGAUCUUGACCAAUUGCUGAAAGAUGACAAACUCCAUUUUACUCAAGGGAUUCGCGCUCAUACUCUUGUUGAACGUAAGGACUCUGUACGCAGUGCCACUGGAUACAGAAACGAAUGCGCCACAAGUUGAAGCCACCGAGACAAAUGCAGCUGAAGCACCAAAUACAGAUGUCAAUCAAAAUGCAGCGUCCGUAAAUCAGACUGAACUAGAGGCUGCUGCUAGCGAGCAAAAACCACAAACUCUAACAGCGGCAAAUUCAGGCACUACGAAUGGCGAUGCCGCAAGCUCCAUAUACGCUAGCUUCCUGACACCCGAAGCUAUUCAGCAGUAUAUCAAUCAAUUUGGUGCGGCCUAUCCCGGUUAUGCCGCUUAUCCGGCACCCAUUGGCUAUGCGGCUGCUGCGCCUCCUCCGCCACCAGCUGGCGCGGGCGCCAUCUAUCCGGGUCCAUAUGUGGUACAGACUGGCUAUGAGGGUUACUUAGUGCCUACCGCCAAUACCGCUGUUGAAACCACUCAUAAUAACAAUAGCAAUUCGCUUCUAAGUCCUUUCACCUAUCUGACGAAUCUCUUCUCGGUGAUGAUGAUGUCGGCCCUAUUUCGUGUUGUGGCCACAGUUCUCGGUGCGAUCGGCAUGAUAUUCUUUGGUGGCGCUCUAUCUAGAUUCGUGUGCAGCUUCACACCACUUUGUGACGUCACCACUACAGCUGUGGAGUAUUUGAAGAGCGACAAUGUGGAACGUGUGGGACGCAUGAUUGCCGAGGGUAUGACACCGGAACGUGUGCGACGUGCUACAGCCUUCGUACAGAACGCUAUACGCAAAUAUCAAGAACUGCAGAAGUUUGUGGGAAAUGACGAGAAGAAUGAUUAAGAAAUUUGUGGGAAGUGAUGAGAAGGAUGACUAAAUCGCAAUAAUAUAACCGUAGAAAAUAUAAUUCAUUUCAAUAUGCAUAUGUAAAUAAAUCAUUCUAAAAUAUUAGUGAGGUAAUAGAAUAAUAUUAUGUUAUAAAAU